AUGCUGCCAUCUCAGCACCCCAACGGCUCGUAUGAGACGAUUGCGGCUUGGUUUACUCCAAGGCUAUAUACCACGAACUUCCCGAGCAGUGUAGGCCACAUGGCGGGACAAGCGAACAACGACACUGCGGCGUCAGAGAUGGGAGACUUCCUCAGAGAUAUUGCACGGACGACAGUCGCCAGCCUAGCGAAUGCGGCCAAACAUUCGGCAGAGGAAUUGUUCGAUGAAGCCCGGCAGAAGUUGAUUGCAUCCGCGACGGCAAUAACCGGGACAGAACCAGUAGCUUCGGCGACGUCUUUGCCGUCGCUUGUCGAUACGGGAAUCGGAACCCACUGGCUGAGGAACUUACUAGGGCGCUCGGAGUGGACGUUACCUUGCGUCGGAGUCAAGCUCGUUCUCUGA